AUGACAACAGCGCAUAGACCAACCUUUGAACCCGCUCGUGGGGGUUCUGGUAAAAAUGAAGGUGAUUUAUCGAAAUUAUCACAGCAAUAUUCAAGUAAGGAUAUGCCAUCGCAUACAAAAUUAAAGUAUCGACAAAAAGGACAAAGUCAUGCUGAAGAAAUCAGAUCCAAAGAUUUAAGACGCGAAUUAGAGGAAAAAGAACGACUCUCAUCAAGGGAUCGAAGAAGUCGAGACAGUGGAUGGAGUAGUAGUUCCAAAAAAGCACGCGUAGAGCAACCUAUUUAUAAUACUCAGGAUGAAGAUGAUCCAUAUGACGAUGUUGAGGAGAACUCAGAAUCUGAUGAUGACGAUGAUGAUACAGCAGAACUUAUGGCUGAACUGGCACGAAUUAAAAAAGAGAGAGCAGUCGAAAAAGCACAACGAGAUGCUGCAGCGGCUGAAGAACGGGAACGAGUACGUACAGAUAACAUACUACAUGGUAAUCCACUUCUUAAUAUGGAAUCGGCAGAUUUCAAGGUGAAACGACGUUGGGAUGAUGAUGUGGUUUUUAAAAAUUGUGCUAAAGGAAUCGAAGAGCGUAAAAAAGAGCAGAAUUUUAUAAACGAUGCUAUUCGUUCAGAAUUUCAUAAGAAAUUCAUGGAGAAAUAUAUAAAAUAA